AUGGGACCAUGCGGCUGCUGCUGAGGACGGAGCCAGAGAGACGGCUCACCAUCAUGGAGCAGGAGGACGGCAGGAGGAACAGCAGCAAAGGCCGGAGCUUCAUCCGUCGCCUGCAGUGUCUGUCCUCGUCCUCGUCCGCCACAGAGAGCAGGCUGACUCUGGAGGACACGCAGGGAUGGUCACAGUCGCUGGAGAAGCUUCUGGAGUCCAAAUACGGGCUGGCCACCUUCCGGAGCUUCCUCAAGUCCGAAUACAGCGAUGAGAACCUGGAGUUCUGGCUCACCUGCGAGGACUACAAGAGGAUCAGGUCGUCCUUCCGACAGUCGUCCAGAGCCAAGAAGAUCUACGAGCAGUUUGUCAAGGCCGAAUCUCCACGAGAGAUCAACAUCGACUACCACACGCGCGAGCAGAUCAGGCGCAGCGUCAAGACGCCCAGCAUGCAAUGCUUCCAGGAGGCCCAGAGGAUGGUGUACGCCCUGAUGGAGCGGGACUCGUACCCGCGCUUCCUCCGCUCCCACAUUUACCGGACUCUGCUGGAGAACCUGUCCGCCGACGCCGCCAAGGGCUGAGACGCCGCGGUGAGGACGUCACGUAGCUAGAGACCACAGCACAGCGCACCAGGGUUAGCAUGGCAGCGGCACAGCUCACCCACAGAGGUCACGACCUCUGAGAGGCACCGGGAUCCGGUCAAGACACCACAGCUCACCCACAGAGGUCACGACCUCUGAGAGCCACCGGGAUCCGGUCAAGACACCACAGCUCACCCACAGAGGUCACGACCUCUGAGAGCCACCGGGAUCCGGUCAAGACACCACAGCUCACCCACGGAGGUCACGACCUCUGAGAGGCUCCGGGAUCCGGUCAAGACACCACAGCUCACCCACAGAGGUCACGACCUCUGAGAGCCACCGGGAUCCGGUCAAGACACCACAGCUCACCCACGGAGGUCACGACCUCUGAGAGGCUCCGGGAUCCGGUCAAGACACCACAGCUCACCCACGGAGGUCACGACCUCUCAGAGCCACCGGGAUCCGGUCAAGACACCACAGCUCACCCACAGAGGUCACGACCUGAGAGCCACCAGGAUCCGGUCAAGACACCACAGCUCACCCACGGAGGUCACGACCUCUGAGAGGCACCAGGAUCCGGUCAAGACACCACAGCUCACCCACAGAGGUCACGACCUGAGAGCCACCAGGAUCCGGUCAAGACACCACAGCUCACCCACAGAGGUCACGACCUGAGAGCCACCAGGAUCCGGUCAAGACACCACAGCUCACCAACAGAGGUCACGACCUCUGAGAGCCACCGGGAUCCGGUCAAGACACCACAGCUCACCCACGGAGGUCACGACCUCUCAGAGGCACCGGGAUCCGGUCAAGACACCACAGCUCACCCACAGAGGUCAUGACCUGAGAGCCACCAGGAUCCGGUCAAGACACCACAGCUCACCAACAGAGGUCACGACCUCUGAGAGCCACCGGGAUCCGGUCAAGACACCACAGCUCACCCACGGAGGUCACGACCUCUCAGAGGCACCGGGAUCCGGUCAAGACACCACAGCUCACCCACAGAGGUCACGACCUCUGAGAGGCACCGGGAUCCGGUCAAGACACCACAGCUCACCCAUGGAGGUCACGACCUCUGAGAGCCACCGGGAUCCGGUCAAGACACCACAGCUCACCCACGGAGGUCACAGGUCACCGCGGCGGUCCUGCCAGAAGGGUCCGUGUUGCUCAGUGGGGUGGGGGCGGAGCGUCACGUGGACUGACCAUUGGGAGCGACGGUGACCUUUGACCUGCAGUUAUACCCAUGUUUGUUUGCUGAGGUGAA